AUGGUGCAAAAGAUGAAAGAGUUUCAAGAGGAUCUAAUGACUAAAUUAACGCAAUUAAUAACCAAGGGAACUGAUAAAGGGAAAAGUCCUGUGAUUUGCGAUGAAGAAGGAAACAAUGAUGAGCCACUUUUUCCUCCAAGAUUCACGCCUCCGCAAGCGCAAAUUCAGAUUGAACCACAUCUACGAAGACCUUCUAUUUCGAUUAGGCCUCAGCACUUUCAAGGUGAUGCUUCAAUACCGAAGAACCUUCAGGUCAGAUCUGGUUCUAGUCCUGGCGAUAAUCUGGUUGUCCCGGACUUCGAUGAAGUAGUUGAGAAAGACAAGAUGAAGGAAGAGGCGAUAGAAAGUAUCGACAACUAUCAUGGAAUAGAUGCGAAAGAUCUGAGCUUAGUUCCGGAUUUGGUGCUUCCUUACAAAUUUAAGAUGCCGGAAUUCGAGAAAUAUAAUGGGACCAGCUGCCCAGAAGCUCAUAUCACUAUGUUCUACAGGAGAAUGACGGGGUAUAUUAAUAAUGAUCAAUUAUUAAUACACUGCUUUCAGGAUAGUCUUAUAGGUGCAGCGUUAAAAUGGUACAAUCAGCUAAGUCGGACCAAAAUUGCUACUUGGAGAGAUUUGGCACAGGCAUUCAUGAGACAAUACAAUCAUGUCUCAGAAAUGAUGCCUGACAGGAUAACUCUGCAGAAUUUGGAGAAGAAAUCAAACGAGAGCUUCAGACAGUACGCACAGAGGUGGAGAGAAGUGGCAGUGCAGGUGCAACCACCUCUUUUGGAAAAAGAAAUAACGACGCUUUUUAUUAAUACAUUGAAAGGCCCAUUCAUCACUCACAUAUUGGGAAGUGCUUCAAAGAAUUUCUCGGAUAUAAUCAUGAGCGGCGAAAUGAUCGAGCAUGCUAUUAAAAGUGGAAGAAUAGGCGGAGGGGAGAGCAAUAAAAGGACAGCCCCGAGGAAAAGAGAAAAUGAAGUGAAUAAUGGCUCAUCGAAACAAGAGUCGGGAAUGAGGCAAAAUACUGAGAAGCCCCAGUUCACUUCUAUUCCAAUGACAUAUAAGGAGCUGUACCAGAAUUUAUUUAAUGCGCAUGUUGUCGCUCCUCGUUACUUGAGUCCUCUACAACCCCCAUAUCCAAAAUGGUAUGACACAAACGCUCAGUGUGACUAUCAUGCCGAAAUUUCAGGACACUCGAUAGAAAAUUGUACUGCUUUCAAGAAGGUAGUGGAAGGACUUAUUAAAUUGGGUGUUGUCAAAUUUGGUGAUUCACCCAACACAGAAAGUCCGUUGCCCAAUCAUGAUGAAGGGGUGAACGCGAUAAUUGAAAAUGGAGGAAGGAGAGUCAAAGCCAAUGUAACAGAGAUAAGGACCCCCCUUGAAUGGGUUUGGAAACAAAUGGUGAAAGGAGGACGCAUCAAGCAAGAUUCAAUAGAAAAGCCUGAAGGAGCAAGUAAGUUUUGUGAGCUCCACGCAGAAGAAGGCCACGACAUCCAAAAAUGUACCGAAUUCAGAACCAUGGUGCAAAACUUAAUGGAUAACAAAGAGUUAGAGUUUUAUGAAGAGAUUAAUGGACUAGAAGAAGGAAAAGUUUAUGACGCAGAAGGAGGAUCCACGGGGAAAGCCCAAAAGGCUAAUCACCCAGUGAUAAUUAUUUCAAAACCAAUGAGCAGAGAAUCUGGAAUUCAAAUAGCGCAAAAGGUCAUAAUCCAAAAACCUGUAUCCUUUCCUUACGAGAAUAGCAAAAAGGUUCCUUGGAAUUACGACUGCAAUGUGACAAUUCCAGGGAAAGAGAGCUUGGUAAACGCUUCAGGAGAGGACGAAGGAUUCUAUACACGAAGUGGAAAACGCUAUGAUCCAGCAAACGCGAGAGUGGAAUCUGGAAAAGGAAAAGCCUUAGUAGUUGAGUUGGGAAAAGUAAAAACAGGCAAAAUUGAACCGCGUGUCAAUCAACCGGUAACUGAAAAUGAGGCUAGAGAAUUUUUAAAAUUCUUGAAACAUAGCGAGUACAGCGUGGUAGAACAAUUGCAUAAACAACCGGCUCGUAUCUCGGUGCUUGAAUUGCUUAUAAGUUCAGAGAUACAUCGUAAUGCGUUGAUUAAUGUGCUAAAUGAAACUUAUGUCGCUCACGAUAUCUCAGUGAAUAAGUUGGACCGCUUGGUUAACAAUAUCAGUGCCGACAAUUUCAUUUUCUUUAAUGAUGAUGAAGUACCGCCGGGGGGAAGAGGAGCCACCAAAGUAUUACAUAUCACUGCUCGUUGCGGGGAGUAUGCGUUAGCAGGAGUGCUAAUUGAUAAUGGGUCAGCCUUGAAUGUUUUACCUCUAUCCACCUUAAAUAGGUUACCGGUGGAUAGCUCUCACAUGAAAUCAUGCCAGAAUAUAGUGAGAGCAUUUGAUGGUACUGAAAGGAAGAUGAUAGGAAGAAUAAAAAUACCCCUCUUGAUUGACCCGAAUAUAUACGAGGUGGAUUUUUUAGUGAUGGAUAUCAAGCCUUCGUAUAACUGCUUGUUGGGAAGACCCUGGAUUCAUUUAGCAGGAGCGGUGCCAUCAUCAUUACACCAGAAGUUGAAAUUGGUAACAGAAGGCCGGUUAAUUACGAUUGACGCUGAGGAAGACAUCAUUGCAUCGGUAACCAGUGACGCGCCAUAUUUGGGAACAGAUGAUGAGGCGGUUGAAUGUUCCUUUCGAUCCUUAGAUUGGGAAAUGAGCUAUGCUCGGAAGAGGACUGGGAAGAUGCCUUCAAGGAAGGAUAGAGGCACCAGUGCUGAAAGACAAGCAAGACCGUCCCAAGACAUCAAUGACAUGAGUGACCCUACUAUGGACUUAGAAAAUCCUUUCGAACGAGGUAUGUGUUUAGAGGAAUCUCAAGAUUUUGAAGAUAACAUAGAUUGCAACCUAUCUCCGGACUUGUUGAGGAUGGUAGAGCAAGAAGAGAAACAAAUCAUACCUCACAAGGAGACAGUAGAGACGGUGACCCUGGAAGAGGGAAAGAUGGUGAAGAUUGGCACAUGCAUAGCUGAAGAAGUAAAACAAGACCUCAUUGAGUUGCUUCGAGAAUUCAAGGAUGUCUUCGCAUGGUCAUAUUAAGAUAUGCGUGGGCUAAGUACUGACAUUGUAGUUCACCGACUUCCUAUAAAGGAAGAUUGCAAACCAGUUCAGCAAAAAUUCCGAAGAAUGAGGCCAGAUGAUGUAUUAAAAAUAAAAGAGGAAGUGCAAAAGUAAUUCGAUGCUGGAUUCCUGCAAGUGGUCAAAUACUCUGAGUGGGUGGCCAAUAUUGUUCCUGUCCCUAAGAAAGAUGAGAAGGUACGAAUGUGUGUAGAUUAUAGAGAUUUAAAUAAGGCUAGCCCAAAAGAUAACUUUCCCUUGCCGCACAUCGACACCUUGGUAGACAACACAGCGGGGCAUUCACUGUUUUCUUUCACGGAUGGUUUCUCUGGAUAUAACCAAAUUAAGAUGCAUCCUGAGGAUAUGAAGAAAACUACAUUCAUAACCCUAUGGGGAACCUUUUGCUAUAAAGUGAUGCCAUUCAGGUUGAAAAAUGCAGGGGCAACGUAUCAGAGGGCCAUGGUAACACUGUUUCAUGAUAUGAUGCAUAAGGAGUUAGAAGUCUAUGUUGAUGACAUGAUUGCGAAAUCUAAAACGGAAGAGGAACAUGUGCAAGUCCUUAAGAAAUUAUUUAUGAGGUUGAGAAAAUUUCAGCUAAAGUUAAAUCCAGCAAAAUGCACAUUUGGGGUCAGAUCAGGAAAAUUGCUUGGGUUCGUGGUCAGUGAGAGAGGAAUUGAGAUUGAUCCUGACAAAGUAAGAGCAAUACAAGAAUUACCUCCGCCGCGUACUCAAAAAGAGGUUCGAGGUUUUCUAGGAAGACUGAACUACAUCGCUCGGUUUAUUUCACAAUUAACCGAGAAAUGUGACCCCAUAUUCUGUCUCCUUAGGAAACAUAAUCCAGGUGUAUGGGAUGAGGAGUGCCAAAAAACUUUUGAAAAAGUUAAACAUUACUUGUCCAACGCCCCAGUGCUAAUGCCACCUUGCCCAGACAAACCGCUCAUACUGUAUUUGGCAGUAUUUGAAAAUUCCAUGGGAUACGUGCUUGGUCAACAUGAUGAGACAGGACGAAAAGAAAGAGCAAUCCACUAUUUCAGUAAGAAGUUCACCGAAUGCGAAACAAGAUAUUCGCCAAUCGAGAAGCUAUGUUGUGCCCUGAUCUGGACAACUCGGAGACUGAGACAGUACAUGUUGUACCAUACAAUCUGGUUAAUUUCUAAAUUAGACCCUCUGAAAUACUUGAUGGAAUCAACCGCUUUGAAUGGAAGAAUGGCCCGAUGGCAAAUUCUCCUAUCUGAAUUUGACAUAGUCUAUGUGAACCAGAAGGCUGUAAAAGGAAGUGCAAUAGCGGACUUCUUGGCAAGUAGAGCGCUAGAGGAUUAUGAACCCUUGAACUUUGAUUUCCCAAAUGAAGAUUUGAUGUAUGUUGCAACUAUAGAAAAAGAUUUCCAAGAAGGUGGUCCCUGGAAGCUAAAUUUUGAUGGAGCUUCAAACGCUAUAAGCAACAAAAUCGGGGCAGUACUCGUGUCCCCUAUCGGAGAUCAUUACCCUUUCACUAGCAAAUUGGAUUUUGAUUGUACAAAUAACAUGGCUGAGUAUGAAGCUUGUAUUAUGGGCAUCCGAGCAGCCAUAGAGCGGAAAAUUAAGGUGCUAGAGAUUUACGGGGACUCUGCAUUAGUAAUUUACCAGCUCAAAGGGGAAUGAGAAACAAGAGACCCCAAGUUAGUUCGCUAUCGAAAAUUGGUUAUGGAAUUGAUUGAGGAAUUUGAUAGUGUCACCUUUAGUUAUCUCCCACGAGAUGAGAAUCAGAUGGCAGAUGCUUUGGCUACCCUAGCUUCUAUGUUCAAAGUGAACAGGCUAGAGGAUAUGAAGCCUAUCCAGAUCAACAUUUAUGAGGCUCCAGCCCAUUGUUGCAACAUUGACGAUGAAGGAGAAAAGGAUGAUCACCCCUGGUACCAUGACAUAUUGCGAUAUGUGAAGAGUCGUGAGUACCCUAACCAUGCGACGAAAAAUGAUAAGAAGACAUUGAGGAGAUUAGCCAUUGAUUAUGUCCUAGAUGGGGAUAUCUUGUAUAAAAGAGGAAAAGAUCAAGUAUUGUUGAGAUGUGUGGAUGCUGUCGAAGCUAAGGAAAUUUUGGAAGAAGUGCAUGAAGGUAUCUGUGGAACGCAUGCCAAUGGCUUCAUGAUGGCCAGACAAAUUAUGAGGUUUGGGUACUAUUGGUCCACCAUGGAAGGGGAUUGCAUUAAUUAUGCCAAAAAGUGCCAUAAAUGUCAAAUCUAUGGUGACAAAAUACACGCACCACCGUCACCUCUUCAUGUUAUGGUUUCUCCAUGGCCUUUCUCCAUGUGGGGAAUGGAUGUUAUUGGGCCAAUAUCUCUGAAGGCUUCUAAUGGGCAUCGUUUUAUCUUUGUGGUUAUUGAUUACUUCACUAAAUGGGUGGAGGCUGCUUCAUACGCGAAUGUCACGAAGUCAGCAGUUAGCAAGUUUCUAAAAAAAGAGAUCAUAUGUUGAUACGGGAUGCCUGAAAAGAUCAUAUCCGAUAAUGCACUAAACUUGAACAACAACUCAAUAGCAGAAGUUUGUAGUCAGUUCAAGAUCAGACACCACAAUUCGUCACCGUACCGUCCAAAAAUGAAUGGUGCCGUGGAAGCAGCUAACAAAAAUAUCAAGAAAAUUGUAGGGAAAAUGACUGAAACCUACAAAGACUGGCACGAAAAAUUACCUUUUGCCCUUCUGGCAUAUCGUACCUCUGUUAGGACCUCUACGGGGGCAACGCCGUUUUCUUUAGUCUAUGGAAUGGAGGCAGUUUUACCCAUAGAAGUUGAAAUCCCUUCUCUCCGAGUAUUAGCUGAACUAAAGUUGGAUGAGGCUGAAUGGAUUCAAUCUCGAUAUGACCAGCUAAACUUGGUAGAAGAAAAGAGGUUAAAAGCUAUUCAUCACGGUCAAAUGUAUCAGAAACGAAUGAUGCGAGCCUAUAACAAAAAAGUUCAUCCCAGAGAAUUUUACGAGGGGGACUUGGUUUUGAAAAAGAUUCUUCCUCUACAAAAGGAUUUUAGGGGAAAAUGGAUGCCAAAUUGGGAAGAUCCUUAUGUAGUAAAAAAGGCAUUUUCAGGAGGAGCUUUAAUCUUGAGCGAGAUGGAUGGUAAAAGCCUGCCAAAUCCUGUAAACUCAGACUCGGUCAAGAAGUAUUUCACUUAA